AUGGGAGCGGGACAUGGGAUUUUCUGGCAGUGUCCCCAUCAUGGCUUUAGUAAUGCAUUCACAGUGGGGAACUUUUAUAGUGCUCUCUCUCCGGAAAGCCAGAGGGUGAUUGAGUCUCUAUGCCCAGGAGGGGAUAUUCUUACUAAGACUCCACCCGAACUGAACCAGAUGAUCAGUACAUUGGCUACCAGAGAUCAUUCCUGGGGGCAGAGCAGCACAGGCAGGAAUUCCCGGGACCGUGGUGUGCACGCCAUGGAGGCCAGGUCUGGGAUCGAGCAUCAGGUGGCUGAGUUAGUGCAGACAUUGAAGCAGCCCAACAGUCUUAUUCCGGGUAGAGGUUUGGCGGUACCUCUAGUAGCUCAAUGUCAGUGGUGUGAGACCUCGAACCAUCUGGUAGAAGAAUGCCAGAAUAUGCGGGAGUCCUCUACUCCCAAAGAGCAGUUGGACUUCAUCGCCAAUGCUCGGAGCCUUGACCCAUACAGGAAUACAUACAAUGAGGGGUGGCGCCAGCAUCCCAACUUCGCUUGGAACAAUAACACCACUAAACCACCUAGUUUCCCAGCACCAGCUGGUGGUUUUCAGCAGAGGCAGACUUUCCAGGCUAGACAGGGCCCGCCCCCACAGCAGCAGCCUUACCAGCCUAGGCAGGGGCAGCCAUUCCAGCAGCCCCAUCGUUAG